CUUUUUUGGUACUCAUGCGAAGCCCACAACUAUAUGUUUUAAGCCAUCUUCUUCUUCUUUAUAUCUCUCAUUCCUUAUGAAAGAUCCCAUAUGAAAGUUUGCUAGCUCUUCGAGAUUUUACAAUAAUGGGUUCUAAGGAGGAGGAACGAUCUGCUUUCUAUCAGAAGAUAAAACAACUUCGUUCGGUUUCCCAUUCAAAUGCUGUACACAAAACAUCAAUUAUUGUAGAUGCAUCAAAGUAUAUCGAGGAACUGAAGAAGAAGGUAGAAAGACUUAAUGAAGAUAUCACAAGUUCGAGCGAAUAUAGUACAUUACCUAUGCAAGUCAGAGUAGAAACCCUAGAUAAAGGUUUUCGAAUUAAUGUCUAUUCUGAAGAGGAUUGCCCUGGUCUACUUGUCUUAAUCCUGGAAGCCUUUGAGGAGUUUGGACUUGACGUAUGUGAUGCUGCUGUGUCCUCUUCCAAUAAGUUCCAUCUCCAAGCCGUAGGCGAAAAUGAGGGACACGUUGAUGACAUUGAUGCUCAUGUGGUAAAAGAAGCCAUUUUGAAAGCUAUCAAGAAUGCGAGUGAGAGAAACAACCAAGAUUAAUAUAAAACUGUACAUCCGUAUAAGAUGUAUACAAACAAGGUCCAUAAACUGGGCAGUACGUAGUUCCUUCAACAUAUUCGGACUAGUAUAGCUGAAUGUUGUCUUAUCAAGGAAUAAUAUGAGAA